CCAUAGCGACGGCGGCUGCGCGCGGGAGAAGGGGCGGGGCUACGGCGGCGGCGGGAGAGGGGCGCCCCCUGGCGGAGAGCGCUGAGGGAAGGGGUGCCACCAUGGGCUCUGUGCCUGCCCCGAGCCGCAGCAAGGCCGAGGAUGAGGAGGAUGAAGAGCCUUUGGUCAGCCAGGAGGCCACAGCAGGGCAGGAGGUGGCCAAGGUUCCCUACAUGGAGGUCACGGGCCAGGACAGCGUCACCUGCCCCACCUGCCGAGGCCACGGCUGCGUCCCCACAGAGCAGGUGCACGAGUUGGUGGCUCUGAUCCCCUACAGCGACCAACGGCUGCGUCCUCACAGAACCAAGCUGUACGUGCUGCUCUCGGUGCUGCUGUGCCUGCUCCUCUCUGCCCUGGCCGGGUUCCUGCUCUUCCCCCACUCGCUGCAGGUGAACCACGGCGGCCUCCAGGUGGUGCAGGUGUGGUUUGACAGCCACCACUCGGCUGUGCUCCUGGCCAUCACGGCCUCGCUGAGGAUCAGGAACUCCAAUUUCUACUGGGUGGCCGUGAGCAGCCUGAGCAGCCAGGUGCAGUACAUGAACACCGUGGUGGGCAGGCAGCAGCUCAGCAACCUGACCAGCAUCCAGCCCCUGAGGGCCAAACUGGUGAAUUUCACAGUCAGGGCAGAGCUGGGUGGAUCCCUCUCCUAUGUCUAUUUUUUCUGCACUUUGCCCAAGGCCAAGGUCCACAACAUCGUCAUCCUCAUGAGGACCUCGGUGACGCUCUCCUGCCUCGGCCACAGCACCCAGAGCACCCUGGAGACCUUCCACUACCUGGACUGCAGCUCCAACUCCACGGGCCUGGGGACACCCUGGGGACACCCGGGGACACCCUGA